AUGAAAAAAUAUUGCUCUGCUGUUUCAUUAGAUGUUGCCCAGGCUUUUGAUCGAGUUUGGCACCCGGGACUUCUUUAUAAAUUAAAAGCGAUUCUUCCCACGCCUUAUAUCCUCUUCUUUCAAUCGUACCUCAAUAACCGUUUCUUUGUGACAAAAGUAGGUACGGAAGUAUCAUCAAAUACCCCUAUACUAGCUGGUGUCCCCCAAGGUGCUGUUUCAUCGCCUUUCCUAUACAACUUAUUCACAGCUGACCAACCAACUUCCCCGAAUACUUCAGUAGCCGAAUUCGCUGAUGACAGAAUUAUAUACACUUCUCAAAAUGAUCUACACACUACCAUUCUACACUUACAAAACCACCUAAACAGCCUAUCUUCCUGGUACACUAAAUGGAAAGUUAAAAUUAACAACGAAAAGUCAUCACACAUUACUUUUUCUUUAAGGCAGGGUGAAAUACCUUCUGUUAACCUAAAUAAUCAAACAAUACAAAUAGUCCCCAACAUCCGUUACCUAGGUCUAACCCUAGACAAGAGACUCACCUGGGCAGAACAUAUAAAAAUUAAACGCAACACUCUAAACCUCAGAAGGAAAUCACUACACUAUUUGAUAGGUAAUCACUCUAAACUUAACCUCAAUUCCAAAUUACUAAUUUAUAAACAAUUUCUCAUGCCCAUAUGGACUUAUGGCAUCCAGCUAUGGGGUGCGGCUAAACCAUCAAAUUUAAACAUAAUACAAAGAUUUCAAUCGAUUACCUUACGCAUGAUAACCAAGGCCCCCUUUUAUGUAUCCAAUCACACACUCCACACUGACCUAUAUAUUAAAACUGUCUCAAAAAUGUCGUCAAUUAUACAUAAACGUUAUCGGUUACGACUAGAGAACCACCCCGACCCGCUAAUCGCAGCACUUAACGCACAAACAAUCCCUGGGAAUCCCCAAAGAAGACUUAAGAGAAGAUGGUGCCGUGACCUAAACUCUUAA